GUGUGUGUGUGUGUGCUCAUUUUUCCCUCAAUGAUCCUGAGAGGAGGGGGACAGUAAAGCCUUUGGUAACUGAUGACUGUCUUUGGUAACUGGAUCAGUGAGGAACCUCAGAGGGAGCCGAGACACAGGCCAUGAAGGCUUUUUGAAAAGGCUUUGGAUGAAAGUGGCUGCGACAAGCCCCCCGAUGACUACGCAGAAUGAGCGGCCAUGCACACACCCGGCCUUCUCCCAGGGUGGAGGCGCUGAGCUGUAAAGGGAAGCGGUGAGUCGACAUCGCCCACAUGGACCGGGCUCCCCGGCCCGCAUCGCUGUUCGAGGUGGACGUGGACCUGGGCUUCGCUCUCUUCUUCCUCUUCCUCCUGUGUCUCUUUCUGCUGGUGACGGUGGUGCGCUGCGCGCAGACCGUGGCGGAUCCUUACGGCUCCUUCUCCACCUCGACCUACCAGGAGGAGCAGAUCACCUGAGAGAGAAGAGGGGAGGGGUACUGGUCAGUGACUCUGCAGGACUCAGUCUCACUGCUAUAUAAAUUCAUCUUUUUGACACCAUGCAGUUUUGAAUGGCCUUGAAGCCAACAUCACAUACAGGGGAGAGGCCGCUUGUGGACAGAUAGAGUCCUCGUUAGGCUCCACUCAAGACGUGUGUCAGGUUGCGCGUGAGUGUCUUAAAUACCUUCCAAAAAAACGCUUUGGUGGAUUACUUGAUUGACCUACCAAGUCUUCAAGAGGCCUGAACCAGCCACAAAGUCAAAGAAAUGGGGUCUUAAUCACAUUUGUUUUUACUGCAUUUGUUUUUAUUUUUUUAAGGGGUAACCUGCAUUAUACAUAGGCCAGCAAAAUAAAUUGUCACAAAAUGUACACGUCUGCGACCACUCGUUAAUCUAAUAUAUAAAACAUCAAAAGCCUGUCAAAACCGCAGUGACUACUGAAUAUGCUUCUCUGAAGAGACCUUGAACCAUCCUCUUCAGUAGCAAGUGGACAACAAUCUGUGCAUCUAUCCUGCAAAUCUUACAAAUGCUUUAUCUGGGAGGGUAUUGAUCUGUAUUUGAUGUCUUGCAAAACAACAACAACGACAGAGAGUACAUGUGUAAACUGUACAAUAAACUGUUUGCGUGUCAUGUAA